UGAUUUUUCUUGAGGGAGCGGCGGAAGAUGACAAGCGGGAGGCAAGACGGGUGGCGCACGCACAACGAGGAACGGAAAGAGCAGGGCGGGGCAGACGGAUGGCAGGAUGGAGUGCAGAUUCAGAUGCGAGGGAUUAGACCUUGACUUCAGCGCGAAACGGGAUUGACUAUUAUAAAUAGGAUAAACAGUUCACGCAACGUAUACGAUGAUCAUGGGAAAUAUAUAGGAUUUUAUCAGUGCUCUCUCUCUCUCUCUCUCUCUCUCGAGAUGGGUUCUUGCUGAUUUGUUUUUUUGGCUAUCUGCCAGCGAAAUUUAAGAAAGCCCGAAGGCUAAACUCAGACAACACGGGAGCUAAACUCAAGGGGAGGGGGAGAGAGGGAGAGGGAGGGGGAUGUCUCUCCGCAAGGACGACUUCAAGAACCGCGAGAGAGGAGAAGAGGAGCCGCUCUGGGAUUCGCGUUCUCCGCCUGCAAUGAGAGUUGCAGGGUAAAACAGAGGAGGGAUAUUUAGGGAAGGAGAAGGAGGAGGAGGAAGGAGGAAGGACGGGGCGUGGGAGAUAAGACCGCUCUGCGGAUCCGACGACAUUGUCGGACCCUCUCCACCUCCACCGACCCGCUUCGUUUCUUGUCUCCCGCUUUCCUCUGAGGCUCUCUCCUCUGGCUCUGCGGGCUGUUGCUGUCGGGAGCGCAGCUUUGCUUUUCUUGCAUUUCUUGUUCCUGCCGGUGGUGGCGCAGAGGAGGGACGGGGAGAGGGGGACACGCAGAUCCGUACUGCAAAAACAAAGAAAAAGUAAAAGGAAAAAGGGUUUUUAAAGGAAUGCUUGAUCAGGGAAGAGCUUGUCUGAUAAUUUGAUCGGGGUUUCAUCUCUCUUGCGUUGCCCAGCUUUCACUCUCCCUGAAAUCUCAGUUUCUCCGAAGAAGGUUUGCGGAGAAUUUUCUUGGGGAAAAAAUUGAAAAUCAUUGGAAAAGAUUGGAACUGUGCUUUGAGUAGUCAUAAUGGGCGCUUGCAUGUCGACACCCCCUAAAAAGAUAAAAGUGCGGAAGAGACAUUCCCGCCGAACCCGCAAACGCCAAGGCAAGAUAUCAACUUCUGUCCCUACCAUAACCAAGAAAAAGAAUAGCGGUGCCGGAACUCUCGUCACAGAUUAUGCUGUCAGUGAAUUUGUUCGUAUGGAUUUCGAGACAGGGGAAACAACCACUUGCAGAAGAUCCGAGGUUGCCAAUUCUACAUUUUAUCUGACACAGCUGCAGUGGCACCAUAGCCAAUUUGAAUCAAAUGUAUUAUGCCAAGAGGAGGCAUGGUUCGACUCAGUGAGCAUCUUGGAGUCUGACUCAGAUGAUGAAUUCAUCAGUGUGCAUGGAGAUGGAUUUCCUUUGGCAGUCAAUGCCAUGGGCAACAUUUCUGGUGGUCAGGUGCUUCAGUAUGAAACUUCAUCUUGCUUUGUGGACAGUGGGAAUGCCUAUGAAGAAUUUCGUGGAAGUUAUCUCAAAAUAGAUGGAGGUAAAUCAGAAGUUUUAACAGACAAAGAUGAGCACAAGGAAUCUAAUACACUUACGUCUGCACAAGGCUCUGAGCUGGCUUGUGUUGGAAAGGCUGAGGAAAGUUACAACAGGAUGAGGAAAACAAUGGAACACUGCCAUGGGAGCUUCAAAGGUCUUAAAGAGAAUAGACGCGAUUCUGAGGAGAAAUGCCAACCGAAAAUAUUGAAAUCUGGCCUAUCUCGUUUAGUUCCUUCUGUGAGUUUUAACGACAAGAUCGUAAGUACUCAUAAUGUGGGCCUGCAGGCUCAAAGAAAGAAGUCUGCAGUCUUUAGGCUUUCAUUCAAGAGAAGGUCCUGUGACGGAGAAGAAACAACGGAACAUCGUGCAUCAAAAAGAUUCUUAUAUCGCCCCCGAGCAGGAUUGAUUAUCCCUUGCUGCACUGGUGAAAAACUGACCCCUGGAUGCUGGUCCGAGCUUCCGCCCUCCAAAUUUAAACUUCGGGGAGAAAACUACUUCAAAGAUAAGCGGAAGUCCCCUGCUUCAGAUAACAGCCCGUAUAUACCAAUUGGAGUUGAUCUUUUUAUGUGUCCUAGAAAAAUAAACCACAUAGCCCAACACCUCGAGCUACCCAAUGUGAAAGCAGAUGGAAAAGUACCUCCUCUUCUUGUUGUAAAUAUCCAAUUGCCCACUUAUCCUGCUGCGAUGUUCCUUGGUGAUAGCGAUGGGGAAGGAUUGAGUCUUAUCUUGUACUUCAAAGUUUCUGAGAGUUUUGAGAAAGACAUCUCUUCACAAUAUCAGGACAGCAUCCAGAAAUUGGUCGAGGAUGAGAUGGAGAAGGUUAAAGGCUUUGCUAAAGAGUCUAUCGUUCCUUUUAGAGAAAGGCUGAAGAUCAUGGCUGGUGUGGAGAACCCUGAGGAUCUCCAGUUAAGUUCUACCGAGAGAAAACUAGUACAAGCGUACAACGAAAAGCCAGUUCUUUCACGCCCUCAACACAACUUCUAUAAGGGACCUAAUUACUUUGAGAUCGAUUUGGACAUUCACCGAUUCAGCUUUAUAUCUCGAAAGGGGUUGGAAGCUUUCCGGGAACGGUUGAAGAACGGAAUACUUGAUUUGGGUCUGACUAUCCAGGCGCAAAAGCCGGAGGAGCUGCCAGAACAGGUGCUUUGUUGUGUUAGACUGAACAAGAUUGAUUUCGUCAAUCAUGGCCAAAUACCGACGCUGGUUGCUGGGGAUGAUGAUUGAGAACUCCCUUUUUAAGUGAAAUCAAAUCAAUGCUGACUACCAACCAUGACAGUGGCCUUCAGAGGGGGAAGUCCAUGCCUUCAGUCUCAAUCCAGCUGGGAAAGAAAAUCUCUAUAAAUAUGCAAAUUAUUUGAAUUAAAACCUUUCAUUUAUCCCUGGUUCAUUAAUCAUGUGAGCACAGUUAAACAUGAAAUCAGUUUCUACUCCGCCAUUUAUGUCUCUAGUAAUGUUAUAUAUAUAUAUAUAUAUAUAUAUAUAUUUGUUGUAUA